AUGGCAGUGCCGGAAUCGUCGGUGCUGCCACCUCAAGCGCAUGUCGUCAAGCUGAGCCAGCGAGACCUGCUCGACUAUCGAGCCGUGCAAAGGACGUUUGACGGUGCCUACGCGCGGACCGCCCUCGGUCAGCUAUGUUAUGCAACGGUGAUUCUACGUCUAUUCCAGCCCAAGUUUUUCUACGUCGGGCUGGUGUACGCGGUGCUCGGCAUGGCGUUCAUUCCCGUGGCCAUCUUGCGUUACCGUAUGGCGGUCAGCAAUGCACAGCGCUUCUUGGCGAUGGAGGUGGUUCACGCGCAACAGGCUUCUCCGCAGCAGAAUCCGGCUCAGGACUCAGCUACAGGACCACCCCAAGAUUCAGCUCAGACGACGAACCCGCCUUCGGCAGCGCAGUCAGACCUAAACGUAGCUAUGGUUCGGGACGCCAUUCGACAACAGAGCGCAGCUGAGGACGCAAUCGACCAGGCACCAGCACCGGUGCAGACUGUUCUACGAGAAAGCUUUGUCACAGCAGGCUCCAUCGUAGCCGGGGCGACGGCAUUUGUUGGUCUCGCCGAGAUCGCGCUCCUGGUGCUCAUUCUUCGUGUAUAG